AUGCUCGGAUUCGCCGCGUCGCUCCUCGGCGAAGCCCAUUUCCUCCCCCUCUGCUCCCUCAUCUCCCUCGUUGCUACCCCCCCGUCUCAUUUCCCCCAUCGCUGCCGGCCCCACUCCUCCCUCAUCCCCCCGUCGAUGCCUCCCCAACAGCUCCCUCCUCCCCCCGUUGAUGCCCCCACUUUAGCUGUCAGAUCCCCCCGACGCUGCCUCCCCAGCUACUGCCCCAUUCCCCCCGUCGCUGCCUCCCCCGAUGCUCCCCCAUCCCCCCCAUCGCUGCCUACCCCGAUGCUUCCCCAUUCCCCCCAUCGCUGCCUCCCCCUCUGCUUCCCCAUUCCCCCCUUCGCUGCCUGCCCCUCUGCUCCCUCAUCCACCCUGUAG